CUUCCGGCAUCGUCCCGUCGUGCAGCUCAAGAAGCUCAUUUCGUUUCCCCUUUUUCGGAUUACGAUGAGCAUCUCACAGUUUCAUCCGCCUGCUUCUCCAUCACCAGCGUCGUCGAUGAGGCUAUGGAGACCAGCUGCUCAGCGGAAUCUUAGGAACCAGUGGUUAAAAAUGUCAGCUUGUCGGAAACAGUGGACCGCCGCUUGUUCUGUCGGAACGUCUCACGCUAAUUCCCUCGUCGAUUCGUAUCUCUCCCAAACGUUUGUGCCAAUGAUGAAAUUUGGUGUGUUGAGUGACGUGUUUGAUAUCAAGAAGAAAGCUUUGAACAAGCUGUCUAAGCAACAGAGUUCCUAUCGAGACAAGCUUCUGUCAUCGUACAAGGAAAUGGUAGCUGCUGUUGUUGAGAUGGUGAAUGUAAGUAGAUCUCUGAGAUGUUAUAUGAAGCCGAGUAGCGGGUCAAUUGUACAGUUCUCUGGCUCUAAGGAAGACUCAAAGGAUUCUGGAGACUGCGGUGGCAUCCCUGUGUUUAGUUUUUGGGACAUCUCUGCAUUUGAGAAGAUGGCUGAGGAGCUUGUGGAAAUGUUCAAACGCGAAGUAAUGCUCAAGAGAUUGCUCAUGAUGGAACUGGUUUCUUUAAGCUCUGAAGUUCCUCAACCUGUCAAGCUCAGUUGGGCAGAUGAGCUUUACCAAGGGGAAUUUGAUGAUCUAUCCAAAUGUUCGUUAUAUUCUACGGAAGUCUCUGAGCUAAUUCUCCCCAGACUGAAAGAAGAUAAUCUCUGCAUUUCUUCUGUAUCACAUACCAACCAGCCAACCGCUGACAUGUUGCAUAUGUACUUGAUAACCUGGGCUGCAGAGGCAAGAAUGAACUUUUGACAAGUGGUGUGUUGCAUAGGAGGGAUGAGAUAUUAGCGAUGGUGGGGGAAGAAAUCAGACUCGCCUGCUUCUAAAGUUUGAAAACUAUUCUUCACUACGGCUUCUGGUUAAGUUUCAGUGAUUGAUUCUACAAAGUAGUCAGUGACUUCAGAAUCUUGGCUUCUUCUAAACAAUGAUUAUUGACACUUGUUGAUAUGCUUUGUUUACUGUAAAUUAUAGGUCCUUAAUUAUCGGAUUUGUGUUAUGAUCAAUAUUUCUUUUCUUUUACCAAGUAUACAAAUGGAUUUUGAUU